CUGUAGUCACUUCUUCUUUUCUGACUGGUUCAGUUGAGUGGUUUGGUGUUCAGACAAAGUGGUUUGGUGUUCAGACAAAGUGACUCUGGUGUUCAGACAAAGUGAAUCUGCUAGCUGUCGCUAUGGGGUUCCUCUUCAGAUGGUUGCUGUUGUCUGUGCUAGCUGUUGGGGGAAAUCAAGCAAAUUUUCGCGUUAUUAGAUCUACUGAGGAGUAUGGAGAUGAUGUGCCAGUUGCAGGCUAUCGCCCAGAUUCAAGUGGCUUCAACAUUGGAGACAGGUCUUCAUCUAGCACUUGGCCGCACGGUGUUGCUUCAACCUCAAAUGCAUACAAGCCACAGGUGACUGUGUACGGUCAAAAGCUUCAGUUGCCCCAGCAGCCAAGCUACCCUCCCCAACAGCCGGAGCUUCAGUUGCCCCAGCAGCCAAGCUACCCUCCCCAACAGCCUGAGCUUCAGUUGCCCCAGCAACGCUACCGAGCCCAGCAAUGGUAUGUUCCACAGCCAAAACUGCCCCAGAAGCCAGAGCAGCAGCCUGAACGGCAGUUGCCCCAGCAACAGCUGCCCCAGCAAAAGCUGCCCCAGCGUCAGUUGCCCCAGCAGCCAAGCUACCCUCCCCAACAGCCGGAGCUUCAGUUGCCCCAGCAGCCAAGCUACCCUCCCCAACAGCCGGAGCUUCAGUUGCCCCAGCAGCCAAGCUACCCUCCCCAACAGCCGGAGCGUCAGUUACCCCAGCAGCCAAGCUACCCUCCACAAAAGCCGGAGCUUCAGUUGGCCCAGCAGCCAAGCUACCCUCCCAAACAGCCGGAGCUUCACUUGCCCCAGCCACGCUACCGAGCCCAGCAAUGGUAUGUUCCACAGCCAAAACUGCCCCAGAAGCCAGAGCAGCAGCCUGAACGGCAGCUGCCCCAGCAACAGCUGCCCCAGCAAAAGCUGCCCCAGCCUAACCCUCCCCAACAGCCGGAGCUUCAGUUGCCCCAGCAGCCAAGCUACCCUCCCCAACAGCCGGAGCUUCAGUUUGCCCCCAACGCGCCAAGCUACCCUCCCCAACAGCCGGAGCUUCAGUUGCCCCAGCAGUCCAAGCUACCCUCCAAGCAGCCGGAGCUUCAGUUCCCCAGCAGCCAAGCUAACCCUCCCCACACAGCCGGAGCUUCAGUUGCCCCAGCAGCCAAGCUAACCCACCCAAGCAGCCGGAGCGUCAGUAUGCCCCAGCAGCCAAGCUACCCUCCCCAGCAACCGGAGCCAAGCUACCCUCCCCAGCAGCCGGAGCGUCAGUUGCCCCAGCAGCCAAGCUACCCUCUCCAGCAACCGGAGCGUCAGUUGCCCCAGCAGCCAAGCUACCCUCUCCAGCAACCGGAGCUUCAGUUGCCCCAGCAGCCAAGCUACCCUCCCAAGCAGCCGGAGCCUCAGUUGCCCCAGCAGUCAAGCUACCCUCCCCAGCAGCCGGAGCUUCAGCAGCCGGAGCUUCAGUUGCCCCAGCAGCCAAGCUACCCUCCCCAACAGCCGGAGCUUCAGUUGCCCCAGCAGCCAAGCUACCCUCCCCAACAGCCGGAGCUUCAGUUGCCCCAGCAGCCAAGCUACCCUCCCCAACAGCCGGAGCGUCAGUUGCGCCAGCAGCCAAGCUACCCUCACCAACAGCCGGAGCUUCAGUUGCCCCAGCAGCCAAGCUACCCUCCCCAACAGCCGGAGCUUCAGUUGCCCCAGCAGCCAAGCUACCCUCCCCAACAGCCGGAGCUUCAGUUGCCCCAGCAGCCAAGCUACCCUCCCCAACAGCCGGAGCUUCAGUUGCCCCAGCAGCCAAGCUACCCUCCCCAACAGCCGGAGCGUCAGUUACCACAGCAGCCAAGCUACCCUCCCCAACAGCCGGAGCGUCAGUUGCCCCAGCAGCCAAGCUACCCUCCCAAGCAGCCGGAGCUUCAGUUGUCCCAGCAGCCAAGCUACCCUCCCAAGCAGCCGGAGCUUCAGUUGCCCCAGCAGCCAAGCUACCCUCCCAAGCAACCGGAGCUUCAGUUGCCCCAGCAGCCAAGCUACCCUCCCAACUACCCUCCCCAGCAGCCGGAGCGUCAGUUGCCCCAGCAGCCAAGCUACCCUCCCCAGCAGCCGGAGCGUCAGUUGCCCCAGCAGCCAAGCUACCCUCCCAAGCAGCCGGAGCGUCAGUUGCCCCAGCAGCCAAGCUACCCUCCCAAGCAGCCAGAGCGUCAGUUGCCCCAGCAGCCAAGCUACCCUCCCAAGCAGCCGGAGCGUCAGUUGCCCCAGCAGCCCCAGCAGGAGCUGGAAGCCCCCCAGCUGCAAUUUCCCCAGCAGCAACGCUACCCAGCCCAGCAAGGGCAUGUUCCACAGCCAAAACUGCCCCAGAAGCCAGAGCAGCAGCCUGAACGUCAGGUGCCCCAGCAACAGCUGCCCCAGCAACAUCCUAGCUAUCCACCCUGGCGUCAGUUGCCCCAGCGUCAGUUGCCCCAAAAGCCUCAGCAGCAAUUGCCUCAUCAGCCUGGCUACCCUGCCCAGCAAUGGCAAGUUCCCCAGCAACAGCCUAGCUACCCGCCCCAGCGUCAGAAGCCCCAGCUGCCCAAAAAGUCCCAGCAGCAGUUGCCCCAGCAGCAGUUGCCCCAGCAGCAGUCAGGCUAUGAGAACCAGCAGCCUGAGCAGUCAGGAUACCUGUCGAACAACCUGAACAAGAUCUAUGGUUCUUACAUGCAGAGACCGGCUAACCGGUUACCGAUGCCUUCCUUCCCAUCCAAGAAGUUGCCUUGGCAGAAGUUGCCUUGGCAGAAGUUGCCUUGGCAGAAGUUGCCUUGGCAGAAAUUGCCCUGGCAGAAAUUGCCCUGGCAGAAAUUGCCCUGGCAGAAAUUGCCUGGGCAGCCGCGUUACCUGCCUAAGUUCAUGAACAAGAGGCAGCAGCCAAACCUCAUUGAUUAUGAAACUGUUGCCCAAGGAGUUGCUUCCCGAAUGGCUUCAAAUGGGUACAGCACCAAUGGUGACGAAAGAGGCUAUGGCUAUGAACUUGCUCAAGUCCAGAGCAGCAAUGGGCGGGGUGACACUGAAGGUUCGUCAAAGACUGCUUUCAACUGAGCCCUGUAUUGCCCUUUCAAAAUAAAAAAGUGUAUCAAUUCA